UACAAUAACUGGACCCCUGGCGAACCUUCCAAUAGUUAUGGCAACGAAGACUGUGUGCACAUGGAAGACUACUUUUACAAACUGGGAAAGUGGAAUGAUGUCAAAUGCAACAAUCUUUACAGAUUUAUUUGCAAAAUGCCAAAAUAUGGCCUAGCAAUCACCGAAACACCAACUGUAACAACCGUUUCAGGCCAAGACUGUGAUCCUGGAUGGAGGCUCUAUGAACUGGAGGCCACAUGUUCUCAGCCUAUAUACGCUAACAGGAUGACAAAAAAUAAUGCCCAGGACUACUGUUCUAGUUUGAACGCAAACCUAGUUAUGAUCCUGAAUGAACCGAAAAAUACCUGGGUUACAUCUCUCAUUUCGGACGAGGACACGGUAUAUUGGAUUGGUCUCUCAGAUAGGGGCUCUCUUCAGUGGAAAUGGGUGGACAAUACACCAGCAGAAUACUUUAACUGGGCACCUGGUGAACCGAAUGAGAACGAUGGUUUACAUGAAGACUGUGUUGAGAUGUAUUCUAAUGGUUAUUGGAAUGAUGAACAAUGUCUUGGAUUGGCUUAUCCAAUAUGUGAAAGAGCAGUGGGUUUGACAGGACCACCACCAACAACGCCGAAUUACGAACCACCGUGUCCGCUGGGUUGGUACAAGUACGAAGAAGAACAAUGUUUGUUGCUCGUUACUGAGAGGAGAGAUACUUUCAACAGCGCCAGACAGUACUGCGGAACGGAAAGGGCAGAUUUGGUCAUGAUCAAGACAGAGGCACUUAAUAACUUCAUAGCGAAUUUGAUAUCAGGGUAUGACGAUGAUGAAUUCUGGAUUGGACUAACUGAUAGAAGAGAAAUGUACGAGUUCCUCUGGGUAGAUGAAACACCACUCCAGGAAGGUGAUUACACUAACUGGGCCCCAGGCGAACCCAAUGAAAGUGAUGGCCUCCAUGAAGAUUGUGUGGAAAUAUACGCUCAUACAGGAAAGUGGAAUGAUGAACAAUGUGUUGCUUAUCAGAACUACAUAUGUAGCCGACCAACUGUCUUUAAAUCAACAACCCCUGGUCCUUCAACAACGCCCAGACCCACUCAUCCACCAGCGUUGUCAACUGAAUGUGGAGAUGGAUGGAUGAAAUAUCAAGAAACUUGCGUACUUAUUGUAGGUGAAAAGUAUACAUUCAACAUCGCUCAGGAGUACUGCCAAGAAAGACAUGCAAAUCUCAUCAAAUUGGAAAGUCAGGAUAUGAAUAAUUGGUUGGUAGAUCAGACAGCUCCGUACAACCAAGUAUUCUGGAUUGGACUGUAUGAUCGCAUAGAAGAUAAUACAUUCGUAUGGACAGAUGGAACUAAACCAUCAUUCACGAAUUGGUCUCCUGGUAAUCCCGACAACUAUGAUGGCAUCGGAGAAGAUUGUGUAGAGAUGUAUAAAGGAGGGACAUGGAAUGAUGAACAGUGUCUGGCACUCAAUGCUUUCGCUUGCUCAAAAGGAUUCGAGGAAAUUCCUAAAUGCGAUAUCAAAGAUGGAUGGGAAUCCUCCGGUGAAAAGUGCUAUCGGUGGAUAUCUGAUACAAAGAGUUUUUAUGAGGCUACUGACUACUGCUCAUCUAUGGAUGGAUAUAUCAUUUCUAUCAAUACGGAAGAAGAACAGACAUUUGCUACUUCAAUACAGCUACGUCAUGCUAACAUACAGUACUGGAUUGGACUUACCGAUGAAGACAACAGAAACACAUUCACGUGGCAAGAUGGGACUAGUACCGGUCCUCAAGACUACUCUAAUUGGGAUGAGAAUCAACCUAAUUCAGAUGUGUAUCCUGCAUGUGGUAUGAUAAAAGGACCAUAUCCAGAUGUGUGGAGUGUAGAUCAAUGUAAUGCGAGGAAACGAUUUAUAUGCGAAAAACCACAAGGUACAUGUGCAGAUGGAUGGGUACUCCACGGUGGAGAAUGCUAUCAAUUCAACGCCCUGAAGAGAACAUGGACUGAUGCAAGUUAUUACUGCAGUACUCAAGGUGGAUGGCUAGGAACAAUUUUGGAUGGUGCAGAAAAUACAUUUAUUGCUUCCCAAAUGGGCCCUCUCUAUGAAGAACAGAUUUACAAUAUGUGGAUCGGAUACUCAGAUAUCAUCAAUGAUGGCCAAUGGCAGUGGGUGCAUGAGACUAAAUCUACAUAUGAAAACUGGCCUAGUCAACCUACGAAUACUUAUGGGCAGGCAGACUGUGCUUAUCUCAACACAGAUGACCAAAUGGGACUCUGGAAUCAAAUGCUAUGCACAUUAUUGGCUGGGUUCUUCUGCAAGAUCAAAGCUGGAUCCACUGUAACACCUGUGACAGCCCCAGAUAAGGUAGGAUCUUGUGACCGCGGUUGGGGUCUUUACGGUGAUUGGUGCUACUAUAUCCCAAGUGUGGAGAAGAAUUUAGCAGAUGCUGAAUCAGAGUGCACGGACUUGUUUCCCGGAUCACAUCUAGCUAGUAUUCAUUCCAUCGGAGAACAGUCUUUUAUUACAGAACGUCUAAAGUAUAUUAACGCUUGGACAUGGAUUGGUUUAAAUGAUAGAGAUAUAGAAAAUACAUGGAAGUGGACGGAUGGAACCAAUUACGAUUUCUGGAAUUGGGCUGAAGGGGAGCCAAACAAUGUCAAUAAUGAGGAUUGCGUGCAUCUUGGAUAUUUUGAUGACCAUCAGAUUGGUUUGUGGAACGACAUUGGAUGCAACGAAGAAAACAGAUAUAUCUGCAAAAAGGCAAAAUAUAAUACUCCGCCUGUCACCGAAGCUCCACCUAUAACACUUCCUCCUAGUGGACGUUGUGGCAGUGAUUGGGUACUUGAUGCUGGAAGUAAUAACUGCUUCAAAUAUGCAACUGAUAAAAUAACUUGGCCAAAAGCAGAUGAACAAUGCCAUUAUGAGGGUGGUCUUCUUACCAGUAUUACCAAUCAUGCCGAUUCUGCAUUCCACCACCAAAAUGCACUUUACUAUGGAUUGAAUUACAAUGCUUGGAAUUUUUGGAUCGGUCUUCAUGAUACCAAUAUGGAGUCUGGUUACGAAUGGAGCGAUGGCGCCCCUGUCUCUUAUCUCAACUGGAACCCAGGAGAACCAAACGAUUAUAAUACCGGUGAAGAUUAUGUUGAACUGCUAAGUGAAAGCGGAAAAUGGAAUGACCAUCAUGGUGAAUAUACAGCUGGAUAUAUAUGCAAGAGGAAUAGUUUCGUUACGCAUCAGUUUAAAGUGUUUCCAAACAGUCGUUUGGACGAGACAUCCUCCACUCCAAUCUCAAACGUAUGGCCAGAGGACUGUGCUCUAUUUUGUUAUAGCGCUGGUCAAGACUGCAGAUCUUUCAACUACUAUCGAAAGAGUCGUGAAUGUUCACUACUUGCUAUCGAUCAAUACUCGGACAAUGCAGAUCUAGUGCCCGAGUUUGAAGAUCCUUAUGAUUACUAUGAACGAGACUUCAACGGUCCAGCAGUUCAAGUACCGACUACUAUUGAUCCUUCGUAUGGGUGUAAUAAGGUUGAGACUGGUUACCGCAGCUACUGUUAUUCCUUGGUCACUUCCGUAUCAUCUUUUUAUGGCAUGCAGGAUGUGUGUGCACUUAGAAGUGCUGACCUGGUGUCUAUCGCUGACGCCAGUGAAAUGAACUUUGUUACAAGUCUAAUGCAGACUGGCAAUACUGGGACUACUAGAAUAGGUUCAGUGUGGUUAGGAUUGAAUGAUAUGGACCGUGAAGGUACUUAUGCCUGGACUGAUGGUAGUGAGAUAACCUAUACAAAAUGGGCAGCUGGACAGCCUCAGAAUAGUGAAAGUGAUGACGACUGUAUCGUCCAUAAUGUUGAUAUGGAUGGAUGGCUUGAUGAAGUUUGCACAGGAAAUCAACAUUACGGCGUCUGCAAAUCACCCAAAAGAACUUCUAAUGUUGUACCACCAGAAAAUGAAGGCUGCCCAAUUGGGUGGUUGAAAUACAUGUCUUCAUGUUACGAGCUGGUAACUGAUCAGAAGAUUUGGAUUGAUGCGAAAGCAGACUGCUUGAAUAAGAAUGGUAGACUUGCUAUCAUCAAUGACAAAUAUGAACAGGCCUACUUAGCUUCAUUGAUGGGCGCUAUCUAUUUUUACACGUUUGACUACUGGAUUGGAUUAAGUGAUACUGACAUUCCGGGUACAUACCUCUGGGUGGAUGGUUCACAUCCGACAUUAUCUGCUUGGGCACCAAGUCAACCAGAUCCUUAUUUGGGUGACUGUGUGGCUUUAGUAAGCGCUGGAAGUGGAGCUGGUAGCAAUGUAGCUGGUUUAUGGUUUGAUGAAAGAUGCUACAAAGAACAUAACUACAUUUGUGAGAGGCCCGUAGAUGGCACAACAGAUACUCCAUACACCCAGCCUCCCGUCACCAAUCCAUCUAAUAAAGGAUGCACAGAUGAUAACGCUAUCGGUUACGGAUCUAAUUGUUACAUUCCAUUUGAGAGAAACCCUAUAGAACAGAUCAGUUGGGCUAAUGCCAGAACUUAUUGUCAGGCAAUGGGAGGUGACUUGGCCAGUUUCCAAAGCAAAGAGGAGGAAGCCUACAUUGUUAGCCACUAUAUCCCAAUAGACCCAGAAACUGCUAAAUAUGGAUUCUGGACAGGACUUAAUGAUCAAUCCCGAGAGUCAGGUUUCCAGUGGAGUGACGGAUCACCUUUAGUGUAUCUUAAUUGGGAAAGCGGUGAACCUAAUGAUUACUCUGGUAGCGAGGAUUGUGGUGAAAUGUAUUUCUCUGGACGAGGAUGGAACGAUCUUUCAUGCUCGGCUACACGGAGCUUUCUCUGUAAAGUACCAAAACAGAUUAAAGCACCCACUACUAUUCCACCGAUUCGAGAGUGUUUGACGGCAUCAGGCUGGCAGUAUUUCGAACCUUAUUGCUAUUACUUCAGUGACGUUGCUGGAUCGAAUGAUAGAUUAAGCUGGACCCAAGCAGAAGACUUCUGCAAUCAAAAGGGAGGUCAUCUAGCAUCAAUCAUGAGCAGUGCUGAAAAUGCAGCUUUGAUGGAAAUGGCUCCGACCAUUGGUAUAAAUUACUGGAUUGGUAUUCAUCAAGAGGUUGCUGCUGGAAGUUUUAGAUGGUCAGACGGCUCUCCAUAUACGUACGAGAACUGGGAUAUAGGAGAACCAAAUAAUCACAAUGGAGAAGAACUAUGCGGAGAAAUAUACCGUUAUAAUGGUCUUCAACAAAAUGGCGUAUGGAAUGAUGCAGCAUGUGGAGUGAAUACCCCAUUCAUUUGUAAGAAGAUGGAAGAGUCGGUUAACCCAAUCACUCGUGCACCUACCGAAGCACCUGUAGGAGGCUGUAGUGAUGGGUAUUUCAAAUACUUCAAUAGAUGUUAUAGAAUGGGAGGAUAUGAAGAGACUGAUCGAUACAGCUGGCAGGAUUCUAGAUCUGUAUGUCAAGGAGAGGGAGGUAAUCUAGUUGGUAUCCAUAGCCAACCAGUCCAGUCCCUGCUAGCAUCAAUGCUCUUGGAUAUAGAGGGAGACGUAUGGAUCGGAUUUUCUGAUGAAGGAUCGAAUGGUCAAUAUCACUGGGCGGAUGGUAAACCCGCAGUUUAUGUUAACUGGUUUCCGGGUGAACCAACCGGACACAUUUCUCUACCCGGUGCACCUGCUCGCAACUGUGUUGAAAUGUUAAACACACAAUGGUAUGCUGGUAUGUGGAGUGACUCAGAAUGCUCUAAUGCUAUUGGAUACAUAUGUGAGAGAGACUUGGAUCCUCAAGCCGAUGACAAUCCACCAGAGGAAAAGUACUGCGAUGAUCCUUCUUAUUACAAAUAUGGCGACUCUUGCUUCAAACUUGACCUGACCAGGCGUUCCUACGAUGGUGCCCAAGAAUUUUGUGAGAGUGAUGGUGGUAACCUGGCAAGCAUUACGGAUGCUCACUAUGAAGCUUUCUUGGAGUAUCUUCUAUAUUCAAGAGGUGUAUCAGAUGCUUGGAUCGGCAUGGAGAAAAUUGAUGGCCAAUACCAGUGGGCUGAUGGUUGGCCAGUAUUUGUUUCAUUCUGGGGUGAUGGAGAACCAAGUCAGAAUGAUGGAGAAGGAUGCGUCAUUAUAACAGACAAGCCAUCUUGGGAUGAUACCAGUUGUACCGAACUUCAUCCUACUCUCUGUCGAACAACAUAUGCCAAACCACCUGAGCCAGUUGAGGAGCUCACUGGUUACUGUCAGAGUGAUCAAACAGCAUUUGGUGGACAUUGUUAUCAUGUUCCUAAUGAUAUCGUAUUCGUUGAGUGGCAAACGGCUCGUUACCAAUGUCAACAGAUGGGUGGUGAUCUAGCCAGUAUCCACAGCAAAGAAGAAAAUGAAUUCAUUCGGAAACUCGUACAAACCCGUAUCGGCAAGAGAAACGUAUGGAUUGGAUUGGAACGUGGAAGUUCGGGAAAAGUCAAAUUACGAUGGAAAAAAAUAAAUCUAUUCAUCUAGACUUACUUUGAUUGAAACGGAGGACAGUUUCACGUCCGAUCCGGGACGCUUCUUCAGCUCUUCUGAAUUGGCGGGAAAUCGUCGUUGCCGAUUGGCGCCGAAGCACCGUCGAUGUUAUUUUCUUGGAGACGUCGAGGAAUUUUUCGGAUUGCAGGAUUGUAAAUCCGAGAGAGGUUAUGUCGUAAUCCUCCUCCUUUGUUGAGAGAUGGGUUCUCUGCGUUGACGUAGACCGCCUCACGGACCCCCCUCUCAAACCACCUAGGUUCUUUGUCUAGGAUGAGCACGUCUUUAUCUUUGAAGUUUGUGUUUAGACGUGUUCAGGUGGGAGUAUACGGCAGAACCGUAUCCCGAUGCGCCUGGUCUGCGAUGUUGAUACAAACGAUUGGAGAGGGAUUGUUUGGUUUCACCAAUAUAAUUAGCGCUGCAACCUGUCUCUUGGCACUGGAUAGCAUAGACAAUGUUGUUUUUCCUGUCUUUGGGAACUUUAUCCUUCGGGUGAACCAAUUUCUGCCUAAGUGUGUUAGUCGGUUUGAAGUACACCGGGAUGCGGUAAGAAGACAGGAUCCUCCGGAUUUUCUCUGAAAGUCCACUGACGUAGGGGACAGAGACACCGAAGCGACGCCCCUGUUCCGUCGGUCGAGGAAGGUUGUUCUCACGUUGGCGUCGCGGGUGAAGGGCUUUCUCUAUGCUACCACGGGUGGAGCAAAGAGAAAACAUUGCCUAUGCUAUCCAGUGCCAAGAGACAGGUUGCAGCGCUAAUUAUAUUGGUGAAACCAAACAACCCCUCUCCAACACUGUUAGAAAAAUUUCCGUUUUUUAACGGAAAAAGUCCGGCAGCAGAAUUUCCGGACUUUUUUUUUUUUUCCGUAAAUUUACAGAAAGUGGUAAUUUAUGGAAAAGUUCUGUAAAAUAUACGAGAUUCCGUAAAUUACAAUUCUUGAAAAUACGGACUUUAUUUACGGAAACUUUACAGAAAAUUUACAUAAAUUAACAUGAUUCCGUAUAAAUAAUUAACGGAAAAAAAAAAUUUGUCCGGAAAUUUUGCUGCCGGAAUUUUUUUUUUUUGUCCGUAAUUUUACGGAUUCCUUUUCCGUAAAAUUACCGUACUUUUACAAAAUUCCCAUGUAAAAUACGGAUUUUAUGUACGGAAAUUUUACAGAAAAUUUACGUGAAUUAACAUGAUUCCGUAUAAAUAAUUAACGGAAAAAAAAAAUUUGUCCGGAAAUUUUGCUGCCGGAAUUUUUUUUUUUUGUCCGUAAUUUUACGGAUUCCUUUUCCGUAAAAUUACCGUACUUUUACAAAUUCCCAUGUAAAAUAUGGAUAUUAUUUACGGAAAUUUUACAGAAAAUUUACGUGAAUUAACAUGAUUCCGUAUAAAUAAUUAACGGAAAAAAAAAAUUUGUCCGGAAAUUUUGCUGCCGGAAUUUUUUUUUUAAUCCGUAAUUUUACGGAUUCCUUUUCCGUAAAAUUACCGUACUUUUACAAAAUUCCCAUGUAAAUUUACACAUUUCCGUAAAAAAACAAGUUUACAGAAUUCUUAAAUUUUUUACAGAUAUUUUUUAAUCAGUAGAUACCUUACAAUAGGAACGCUGAUUUGCUAUUUAAACAUGUACUCCCAAACACAUGGUAGAUUGUAUGAAUGCAUUCACUUAAGGCCUGAACAAAAAUUGUGUUGCCCUUUUCUGACCUGGACAAAUCGGGCCAGCUUUUUUCAAUAAUUUUUUUCAUACUAAGCUUACUAUUUCUAGAAUAAAACAUGGCAACAGUGAUUGUGUCUCGCCCACUCAUGAAAAUAACCAGAAAUAUCGUGAUUUGCGAGGGCACACAACAUAAUUGUAUUGAAACUUCAUUGUGAAAUGACUGGGAUGGAAUAACACUUGUCAUAAGAGCCUUGCACAUAAACUUUAAUGUUGACCUGUAAAUUCAAUUCAAUUCAAAAUGGUUUAUUAAAAAUCCUUUCUUUGCGGCAAAAGCCGAAUUGCGAAAAUUUACAUUUCAAACAAAAUCAUC